AGUUUUCCAACACCGAUCAAUCAGCUGUUUUUCAGUUUUAAUCUCUUGUUGGUUUGUUUUGAUUUUCCUGCCAAUUUUUGUUAUUAUGUUGAAGAGCAGCAAUUUAAAUAGUGUCCUUAAUGAAAUCCCUGACCAAACAAAAAGGGAUCCGGCAGUGUCACCUUCCCCCGAUGGAAACAAAAAACAGAAAGCGGAAACCUGUUGCUCAUCCAAGGAUCAGGAUGUUAUGGGUAGUCUAGCCGCUUUGCAAUUGUCCGCUGGGGUACUGCAAAUAGCGGAACCUCCGCUAGAACAUGUUCGCGUACAACUUAGGGAAUUGAUUGGAAGGCAGAACAAAAUAUACAUCGAUUUGUCCAAGGAGAAAUACAAACUGGAUUGCAGCGAAGUGGCCAGACUGAAUGACAUGAUGAGCGAUGUGAAGCGAUACAAAGAAAAACUGACAAAGAUCAAGAAGGAAAUGCAGGGCGUCUACCAGCGCACCAAAGAAUUGAAGAAACGCGCCGCAAACGUGGCGGCCUGCAAGCAGCGCGACUACCAGCGCAAACUCGAAAAGCAACAGCAUGAGGAGUCGCUCAUCGGCAGCCAGUAGAAGCACUAGAUUAUCAGAUCCCAUCUGACCAGGUGGAUCUGGGAUUUUACAAGUUCAACACCUCGUAAAGGCGCAUUUACAUUGGGAUUCCCGAUAACAACUUAACAAAGAUAACAGUUGAACAAAAGUUAAACCAUUUGGAUACAUAAUAAUAAUUAUUGUAUACGUUAUAAGAACUGGCUAUCGUAUGCCUGCGAUAAGUCGAAAAACAUUACAUUGUAUAUUGUGUAUAGUUAAGUAAAUACUUAAGAGAUUUCGCAAAAAUAAGAGACACAUGCACCCGGAACAGGGGAAGCCAUUGACUACGUUGAUACAUUUAGCUACCAAUAUUACAUAUAAAUAUACAAACUCGUUAAACAUUAA